CCGCGAACACAUACCAGCUUUACAGGUGGUUGAAAAUAAUCUGACUGUGCAAAGUUCCCCCAAAAAUUAUGCUGAAAUGUUAGCAAAAGUGUUUUUACGGAUCAGAGUAACGUUUCAUGUGACAAACCCUUCAUGACAUAUUCGUCUAAAUUCGUCGUCAGCAAAAAGGGCCGGAUAAAAACAUUAGAUUAGUUUUUUAAAUAAAAUUUUAAAGUAAUUUAUUUUUUUUCUUCAACGAGAAAAUUACGUAUCUAUAACUUGUGCUUUGAGAAAUGGCAGCCACUUUAUAUGCUACGGGUCCCGGACCAGGUGCCUAUGCUCUUCCCACUCUGGUUGGCUACGACCACCACGAUGCCAGGAAACUUCGGAUGCCUCAAUAUUCAUUCGGACUGAAAAACACCUUGAAAUCAGUAACCACGGGUCCGGGCCCCGGAGCUUAUAUGUUGAAUGACUUCACAAGAUAUGGCGGAAAGUAUUCUCCGGCCUACUCAAUGGGGAUGAGGACACAAACUAGAAGUAAAGAUAUUGGUCCUGGUCCAGGUGCUUAUGCAGUGCAAAAUUUGAAAAAUUUCAGAGGUCCCUCUCCGCCAGCCUACACUAUGGGAAUAAAGACUGUCCAAUCGCAAAAACACAAUAUUCCUGCACCAAAUCAAUACAUGGUUAAUGUAAAUUUUGUGAAGCGUUCCACUCCUGCGUACAGCUUAGGGCUUAAAACACGCAUACUGGGAAGUAAGUCCCAAUCACCAGGACCAGCAGCAUAUCGCGCCUCAGAAAAUUGUACAGUCUAUCGAUGUCCUCCUGCCUACUCAAUGACGUCAAGGCGCGAUGGGAUCAAAACAAAGGGAUACCAGCCAGGACCAGAUCAAUAUAAUCUUCAAGGCUAUCGUCCUGGUCGCACUGGACCACAAUUUUCAUUUGGUGUUAAACAUUCGCCUUAUGCUCCACCGCUUGUUGUUGAAUGUGAUAAUUAAGAAAUUGAGUAAAAAGCGAGCGGCCUUAGUCAAUUUUUGAAGUCCACAGUUAGAGAGAGAGAGUAGUGCAUAAAAAAAUUGAAAGAAAAUUUAUUUUUUACUUUAGAAUAAAAAUUACCUUUUGCACAUUUAUUGUGAAUGUGCUAAACAAGACUGGCCUGAAGAUUGGUUAUUGUAAUUGAAAAUUCUAGUUUUAUUUUUUCUGGGG